GAACAUUGUUUCAGUUUCUUCAGACUUUCUUGGUUUCGUGCCUCAGAGGUGCAGACUUCUCUCUUACAGUGUUGUCACAGCUGUCUCUGCUUUAUCUGGAGGUAAAUGUGCUUACUUAUGCAGAGAUAUGGGGUGUUGGGAUGCAGAUGCAGAUUACACAAACCUGUUGGUUCACAAUAAUUCUUAAUUUCAAUGGAAACAGCAGGAGGAGGGACAGACUUUGGACCCGAGGCCCCACAAAGAAACAGCACAGCAGCUUUAUGAUGAAAUCAAGUAUGUGGCUGAGAGUCUUCAUCAUCUUCGUCUUUAGCUUAAACAGCUGCCAGCCGGCUUCAGUGUUUCUGGAUCCAGAUCAAGCCCAUGGCAUUCUGGUUCGGACUCGGAGGUACAACUCAGGCUGGUUUGAGGAGCUGCAGAUGGGAGACCUGAGGAGGGAGUGCAUAGAGGAGAAGUGUAGCUACGAAGAGGCCAGGGAGGUGUUCGAGAACACCGAGCUCACGAAUGAGUUCUGGAAAACAUACAAUGCACCAAACCUCUGUAACUCCAAUCCCUGUCAGAAUGGAGGCAGCUGCUCCAAUCAUGCUUCGUCCUACAUCUGCUUUUGCCCUCCAGAGUUUACCGGAGCCAACUGUGAGCUCGAGGUGAAAACUGAGAUAGAUACCUGCUGGCUGGAGAACGGAGAAUGUGAACAUUUCUGUGAAGAGGACGAGUUUGGAAAAAAACUAAACUGCUCGUGUGCAGACGGCUACUUUCUGGAUGUUGAUGGACGGAGGUGCAUCGCAAAAGAGCCAAUAGCAUGUGGCAUGGUCCCCAUCCUGCAAGGUGAAAAAAAGGAGGAGCAGCUCCGAAUCGUUGGAGGAACAGUAUGUCCGAAAGGUGAAUGCCCCUGGCAGGUCUUGCUGAUGUAUAAAGGAAAAGGAUUCUGUGGAGGCGUGAUUUAUAAACCUACGUGGAUAAUCACAGCAUCACACUGCCUGGAAAACACUGAAGUCCGGUUCCUGAAAGUUGUUGCAGGCGAGCACAACGUUGCAGUGAAUGAAGGCACUGAGCAGCUCAUCCAGGUCGCUGAGAUCAUUAUGCACGAAAACUACGUGUCACGCACCGCCGACAAUGACAUCGCCCUCCUCCGCCUGGCAUCUCCCAUUAUAUACACACCGUAUGCUGUCCCAGUCUGCCUGCCGACGUGGUCGCUGGCCAACCGUGUGCUCUGGGCCAUCCAACUGCACACGGUCAGCGGCUGGGGGAGGCGGGCUGAGAACGGGCCCACCUCAGAGCUCCUCCGGCGUCUGAUGGUGCCACGAAUCCGCACGCAGGACUGCGUGGAGGAGAGCGGCGUGAUGCUUACCAAGAACAUGUUCUGUGCAGGGUAUAUCGAGGGCCGCCAGGACUCGUGUAAAGGUGACAGUGGCGGUCCCCUGGUGACCGAGUACAAGAAGACACAUUUCCUCCUGGGGAUUGUCAGUUGGGGGAAGGGCUGUGCCCGACCGGGAAACUACGGCAUCUACACCCGAGUGUCCAACUAUCUCGAGUGGAUCCACAACCGGACGGUGACACCAGAUCAGCCGAGAAACAGCAGUGAGACUUUGACGCACAACCUGACCACCUGAAGGCACUCAUUAGGUCACCACAGCUCACACAACCAAGCGCUGAGUCAUCACACUUAUGAUUAACUGUUAAAGUUUUAAUUACAGACACUGUGGAACAUAUUUCAUCUACAGACUCCAGUGGAUUCAUUUUAAACUGAUCAGUCCUGCAUGUUUAAGUACUUUCAUCACAUUUACAGUUGAAAACACUGAACAUUAACCCUUCACAGAUGUGAUGUUUUGCCACUUGUUUUGACAGAAUAAACUGAAAAUGAUCUG